GAAGAAAGUGUGUGACAUUUGUAUAAUAUUCUCGAGUUUAAGAUCGAAAAAAAACCUUUAAAUUUGGCCAAGACAUUAAAAAAAAAACGGACCGCUCAACCAUGUGAAGGCAACCAAUGUGGGCAUCAAGGCAACAACAAUAUAAUUGAAAUUGGACCACAACUAACUAGUUAGAGAGAAAAAGAGGGAGAGAGAGAGAGAGAGGGAGAGCAUUUUACCAACACAAUGUGGCUAUUGAUGAUGAGUCUAAAUUUGGUCAGCGGCGAAAAGUUGCAAGAGAAUUUGCAACAAUUACAACAGCCGAACGAUGAUUUUCUGGCCUAUAACAAUUCGACAUUUUCGUAUGGCAAUGAUAGCUAUUUAACCACAAGUAUCUCGAGUAUAACACAAACUGAAGAUGAUCCAUUAUUUAGCACAGAUCUGCCAACAUAUCAACAUUGCAUAGCCACACGAAAUUCAUUUGCCGAUCUCUUAACUGUCGUUCUCUAUGGCAUUGUUUGCAUAGUUGGUCUCUUUGGCAACACUUUGGUCAUCUAUGUGGUAUUGCGUUUCUCCAAAAUGCAAACAGUUACCAAUAUCUAUAUACUUAAUUUAGCUAUAGCCGAUGAAUGUUUUCUGAUUGGUAUACCAUUUCUAUUGUACACAAUGCGUAUUUGUAGUUGGAGAUUCGGUGAGCUAAUGUGUAAGGCCUAUAUGGUCAGCACAUCGAUAACAUCAUUUACCUCAUCCAUAUUUCUCUUGAUUAUGUCCGCCGAUCGGUAUAUAGCUGUCUGCCAUCCGAUAUCAUCGCCACGAUAUCGAACACUGCAUAUAGCCAAAAUCGUAUCGGCUGUGGCUUGGUCAACAUCGGCAUUUCUAAUGCUGCCCGUAAUGCUCUAUGCCAGCACAGUGGAACAAGAAGAUGGCAUUAACUACUCAUGCAAUAUUAUGUGGCCAGAUGCAUAUAAGAAGCAUUCGGGAACUACAUUCAUUUUGUAUACCUUCUUUUUGGGUUUCGCCACCCCAUUGUGUUUUAUAUUGAGUUUCUAUUAUUUGGUCAUACGUAAAUUACAAUCGGUUGGCCCGAAACAUACAACCAAAUCGAAAGAGAAACGUCGAGCUCAUCGUAAGGUUACGCGCCUGGUCUUGACCGUGAUAACGGUCUAUAUAUGCUGUUGGCUACCACAUUGGAUGUCCCAGUUAGCCCUGAUUAAUUCCAAUCCAGCUCAGCGAGAUCUUUCACGAUUGGAAAUAUUGAUUUUUCUAUUGCUUGGCGCUCUGGUCUAUUCGAAUUCAGCUGUCAAUCCCAUAUUAUACGCCUUUCUCAGUGAGAAUUUUCGAAAGAGUUUCUUCAAGGCAUUCACCUGCAUGACCCAGCAGGAUAUCAACGCUCAAUUACAAUUGGAGCCGAGUGUGUUCACUAAACAGGGAAGUCGUCGUCGUGGUGGGUCGAAGCGUUUACUGGCCAGCGGUAAUAAUCAACAUCAGCAUCAGCCACCACUCAUCUUGCCCCUCAAUGUAGGCAAUAAUAAUUCGUCGACAACAACUUCAUCGACCACAACAGCUGAUAAAACAGCCUCCACUGCUACUGGCGUACCAAAAUCCUGCAGUAGUUCUCAAAAUGGAAAAUUAUUGGUCGUACCAGCAAGUACAGAGAAUUUGAUUAUUUGCUUGAGUGACCAGCAGGAGGCAUUCUGUAUGACCGCCAGGAGGGGGGAAUCAUCCAAUUUGGCAAUACAGCAAACUGAUUUGUAACUACAUUAAAAAUCUAACGAUAGGCAGGCAUUUAUACAUACAUAAGUAGAUCAAUGUGUGUGACUAUUUCUAUAUGGAUGACACAAAUUAGGUGCAACAGUAUUACUAUCAAAGAUUUUAAAUACAUACAUUACUGUCAUACAUUAUAAUACUGUUCUAACUAAUAAACCAUAUUUAUAUACCUACA